CUCGCCAUCAUAUACCGCUACGCCUCCAUAGCCCGCGAAGACGGCGAUUACAGCCAAGCAGUGAAGCUGUUUGAGCCAAAUGCAACCGUCCACUUUCCAGAUGGGCACCACAUUUCUCCAGGUAACUUGGGAGAAAUUACUCGCAGCAACCCGCCAAAGCUUCUAAGGUAUCAUCUCACCACUAUUGACGUACAGUUUGUCUCAUCUGAAGAUGUCUGGUCAGUAGGGUCGUUAGACGAUAUUGUGAGCAGGCUUAAUGACGGGACAUGGUUGAUUAAACAGAAAACAGUUGUCGUGGAUGGACUAGACCCAGAGGGCUGGCUAGCCACGUCCCUUACUGAUGACCUUCACGGCGAGCGUGGAACAUAG